AUGGGGAGGAUCCCACCACUGGGUGCCUCGCCUGGAUCCGGCCUCGGGCACACAGAGGACACACGGGGCCACGAAGCACUUUCCAGCCAUGCAGAGGAGGAAGAGGUGGACUCAGAAAACGAGAAGCUGGUGGUGAGAGAGCCAGAGGAUGAGGAUGCUGCAGAGGAGACAUUUUCUUUUAAAUACAGUCCUGGGAAGCUAAGGGGAAACCAGUACAAGUCAAUGAUGUCCAAAGAAGAACUAGAGGAAGAACAAAGCAUCAGCAGCUUUUCAUUGCAGGCCUCGCAGGUGGUGCAAGGGGGCAGGGCUGCUGCCAGGAUUGAGCUGACCUCUGAUCUCACAUCUCUGUAGCGAGUACCUUAGGUCCUCGGCCACAAACAUUCUUGCAAAUCUUUUUGGUAAGGACACACUGCUGCUGCUGCUUAGAGGUAGUGGUACCACUGGUAACACCUGCUUGUGUCUUUUGGGUGAUUUUGCUUUUAUUUUCCAGGGGAGGGCUUGUUUGGAGCUGCAGUUGGUUGCCUGUCCCACCUCCCUCCCCACCUCCUUCCCCUUCCCUCCUCAUAACAGAUUAAUGAGUCCACUCCUCUCUGCCUCCAUCUCACUUUCCACGAGCACUCCAGGGCAAAUGGGGGCUCUCACAUUUGGAUGCUCACCUCUUCCAGCUUGGAUGCCUGAAACUGGACAUCCCACAGCCACUUUGUACUGAUUUGGGAAACUGGGGCUGCUGCAGAGUAUUGGGGUGUGUUAUCAAAACUCAGAUAGGUUUAGUGUCCACUUUUAGUCCUGUCACUCCUUCAGCUUUCCUGUGAACCAACAGGUUCCCAUGUGAAGCAGCAGAAAGAAGAAACAUCCCAAAAAUGCUUUUUUGGGAGGACCAAAAGGACCCAAAAAUGCUUUUUUGGGAGGACCAGAAGUGGGUUCUCGGAGGCUGCUUGCUGUGUAGUCCACAACUUUGAAUUUUGGGACUCCUUGAUUUUGGAGAUGCCAUUGAAAAUAUUCCUUGCCUGUUCCAGAAGGAGCUGUAAGACUUCAGACAGGAGAGUACAGGCAUGCAAUAGAUUUGGUUAUUUAAGCAAAAAACCAACUUCUGUUCUAACCUGCAUCCCUGCAGAAGCUGUGGUUGUCCUGCCUACAAUUCACUUGAAUCUUGUGGCUUCCAGCUGGUGCUAAAUCUGGACUAAAAGGGGAAGGAAUGUGACCUUCACUGAGUGAGGCAACUUCCUGCUUUUGGUGACUUCAGCCUUAAAAAUUAGAGUGCUCACUGAGGGAGGAGGACAGUAAAUCCUUUUGGCAAAUACUUGUGCUGGGGUGGUGGCUGUGCUUGAUCACACCAGGUGGGUCACCAGUCCUUCUGGAACAGAAGCACGUAGCCUCUGCCCCCCUGGGGGAGAAAAACAGUCUGGGCAGGAAGGGGAAGAGUGCAGGGGAAGGAUGCAGCCCCUGGUCCAGCCAGCACAGCUUAUUCCCAAAUCCUUGUCCUGUGCACCUGAGGCUUUUGGCCAUCUGUUGCCAGCUGGGGCUCAGGAAAUGUGAGUGCUGGUGGUGCAGCUGCCCCUGCUCAGGCAGGGCUGAGCUGUGUGGGUGUGAGACACAGCCAGGCUGCCUGAGAGGUGCUGCUGUCCCUCUCCUGUGCAGAGGGAGCAGGAACCCCCCAGUGCCUGCAGGGCCUGGCUCUCAUGGAGUGCUCUCUGCCAGAUGUUCUUCAAACCUCCCUUGGGGUUGAAAGAGGUUAGUGGGGAUUUUUCCUGUUAGAAAUGAGUAUGGUCAGGGCUCUGCUGAGUGUUGGCAGCUGCAGCAAAGCUCCACUCCUUAUAAAAGAGAAAACAAUGGGAGAAAUGGCCCCCUUGGGUCUCUGCUUUCAGUUCUCUCUUUCCAUGAGGCAAAGCAGCUCCCAGCCAAGCCUUGCUUGGCCUCAGUGCUGUCAGGGGGUUGAGCUCUCUGUGCUCUCUCCUUGUCACUCUGGGCUAGGAGUGUUGGUGGGACAAAGGAGAGCAGAUCCCAUCUGACAGGCUCUAGAAAGGUCUCUCCUCUGUGUGGGAUUGAGGAAGAGGUGGGGGUGAAAAGGCAGAAGCUGCCCCAUGGCAGAGCCAUUGAACAGGGUCUGAUGAAUGGCACCAAACUGCUGCUGGCAGGGCACUCCUGGAUGGAGCAGGACAUCCCCCAGACCAGAUGGGGAUAUCCCAGAUGGGGAUAGCUGCCCAGUUUCCCUGCCUAAUGGACUCACUUCUCACAUCCAGGUGACCCAUCCAAGGAACAAACUCUCCUCCUGCAUCUCAAUCCUCUCCUCUCACCUCCUGGCCAGCCACACAGAUGGGUUGAGGUGACACUGUUUGAAUGCAGACUGGGUUUAAGCCUGGAGUUCAACUGCAAAUUAGAAUUCAUGCCAGGGGAAUUGGGUGGCUGUAAAUAUCAAGCUCAGCCCUUUUCUUAGUGGUGAUUGAGCACUGGGAACCUGCCUCCUCCCCAGCUGGGUUCAGAGUGCCUCCUGGUUAUGGGGCACUGAAAAAAACUGGGCUUGGACCCUGGAAUUUCAGCAAGGCAGGGCAGACCCUGGUUCUAGGGAAUGUCAGAGAGGAGAGACCUUUCUGUGCUCUACAAGGCAUCCUGAAUGAACGUGGGAUGCAGCUGUGGCUUGAGGGCCAACUGUGCAGAAGUUUGAAAUUUGAAUGAGACAAUGCUGGUGAUGACAGCCCUGGAGCACACAAGGGCAGGAAGCAGCUGCAGAGGUUUGAUGGCUGUGUUGACAGACCUUGGCCUAUUUCAAACAUCUCCAUUAGUAGCCCUCCAAAAAUAGGUGGGUGGACAGGGCUGGGGGAGGUUGCAUUUUGGGAGAGCUGUCCAUUGGCAUCUGUCCCUGCCCACCCCCUGCAUUGCCAUCACUCAACCCUGGCCUGCCUGCUCGCUCCCCUCUCUGUACAGCAUGGGGACUGGGCUUUUCUCCUCCCUCUCUUUGCUAACCUUCCCCCCACCCAGUGGCUUUGCUGUCUGUCCUGUCCUGUCCUGUCCUGUGCUGUCCAGCAUGGUGCUUCUUUUGGAUGAGGGGAGCUGGUAAGUUUGGGCUUGGGGGGUUGAGGGUUAUUAUUUGUUUGCUUCUCAUCUUCUGCAGCACGAUAGUCGUCCUGGGCUGAGGGAGGAGGAGGAGCAGCAAGGGGCCAUGGGUGGGCACUGCUUUACUGCAGCCACAGGGAUGGCUCCAGCCAUGGGCAAGGUUCCUUUCAGCUGCCCAACACCCAGGGCAUGAGGUGUUUUUGCUUCCCAGCUGCCUCUUGUAGUAAAGGGCAAGAGUUUGGGUUUCUCUGCUCCUACAUGCUCACUCUGUAGGUGCCCAAGUCCACUUGGAUGUGGAGGGAGUCUGCUGGUGGCCUGGUGCUGUUCCCUGCCUCCAUAUCCCCAGGGAAAACCUCCUCUGACCUAUGAGAUGUUAGUGGAAUGGAGCCCUGGCCCUAUUUAUAGUCAUGAUUGAGUCAUGAAUCCCAAAAAGCUUUAAAAACAGAGUAACUCAGGAUGCCUCCCUCAGAAAGCCAGGGAAGGGGAGGCCAGGAAGACCCUUCCCAUCUCCUCCUCUCCCAUCCCAGAGAGGAAACUCUUGCAAACUCCCCCAUAGCCUUUGCAGGGUGUGAGUCUCUGACCCUGCCUUGGCAUGAGAUUUUAGUUCAGACAGCAACUCUGCUUGAGCUCCUGGGUUUUUUUUUUUUGGCUCAGGUCCUGAAUUGUCCUGGCUUGUGGCUGCUUCUCCGUGUCUCCCUCACCCAGCUCUCAUGACUUGUCUUCAUCUGCUUCUGCUUAACCUUGUGCAGCAUGGGCAGCUGGCUGUUGUCUGCCUGCUAACUCCCUGGGAGCCCUGCUCUGCCUGUGCUGGGCUCCCCUGCAGCUGGGACAGACCCAGGGAUGCAGGAAUUGGGGCAUCUUGCCAGGCUGGGAGCAAACUGGUGUUCAGUGAGCUGAAAAAACAUUGAGUGAUGGAGGAAAGCACAGCCCAGCCUGCCCCUGGCUCUUCCCACUGCUGUGGUGUUGGCUGGGGAGGUCAGGAGUGUGGCAAGGGAAUGGGCACACGAGUGAUGGAUGAGCUUGUCAGGAGCCCAAGCCACCUCCCUGGCUGUGCUCUGGCCUUUUCAGCUGUUGCUGCCCUGGCUGGGCAAUGUGAGAAGCUUCUGCCUCAAACCAGCUGUGGGCAAGGAGUGCUGGGGGUGAUACAGCCUUGAUCCCACUGGCUCCUCAGCAGCCCCUGUUGUAAAGCCACUGAGACCUGUGCUCCCUGCUCACACUGGUCCUGGCAGCCUUGAGGCACAGCAGGUAUUUCCCAAAAUCCAGAGCACCUUUAACUUCUCUGUCCCAGAGGAGGAAUUUCAGAUCUGUGCUGAUGAAGCUCCUUUUGGUACCUCUCACUCAGUCCCUUCUCUCUUUUCUAAGCACUGUCUCCCUGUUCUGCAUUUAAGUCCUCUCUGUGUUUUGCUGAUUGGUUGAAGCAACUGGCUCACACUUUUGGGAGCACCAGGAAAGCUUAAUUCAGUGUGUCAUUCCUCAUAUUCUUCCUGCAAUACCUCAAGACUGGGUUAAAGAGAUGGUGUCUACCCCCAUGGUGAAGAACUGGGGACAGUGGUGAUGGGACCAUCCCUAGCAGUGAGAUGGGAGGGAAUUCCUUGGGGAGAUCUCAACCACCCAUUGCAGGUCUGCCCAGCACUAAGGGCUUUUAUUCCCUGCUCUUCAUCCUCAAGGGUCAAUCCUGGUCUGGAGUGAGAAGAGUCUGGAGCCAGGUUGCUGUUCACCUUCCUUGCCAGGAUUUCAGAGCAGAGCACUGAUGGUUCUGACAAGGUCCUGAGCCAGGGAAAGGAGCUGGGAAUGCUCCGUGCUUCUGAAAGUAAUCUUUUUGAGUGAAACUAUUCCUUAAAAGGGCACAAGCAAUUACCAGACAUGGUUACAGAGGCCUCUCCUUAGAGUGAGUCAGGACUCCUUUGGAAAGCUGAAGUCUGUGAAUGUGCUACAGAUCUCCUGAUCUGCUGUGGAUUUUUGCACACAUGAGACAGAUGCACAUGGCAAUGCCACCUGUAACCCCUGUUUUUCAGAGUUGAGGUGUUGUCUUCUCUGAAAAACAGGAAGCCUUGUGUCAGUGCUGUGGGUGAGCUGGAGUGAAGGGAAUGCUCCUGAGGCCACCAGCACCUUCAGUUUCCAUGCUUCUUUGAGACCUUCAGUCCCUGAGCUGCCCUCCUAUUCCAGGACCUGCUUUUGUCUGGGUUCCUUGUCUCCAGCUUUUCCAUGCACAGAACCAUGUCCAGCUGACAAAUCAUGUGAUUCAGAGACUUGGCUGUUGGCUUGGGCAAGAGCAGAGAUAUCUGGAUAUUCUUUAUCUGAAGAAAGGAUACAGCUUCUGGCAAAAGAUGACCCUAACCUGGUUUGAUUGAUGAGCUGCUGGGGGCAAGCAUGCUGAUCCAAGCAGAAUGGAAAGGAGGGAAGAGCCAAGGAUAAGCAGUGGCUCAAAUCUCUGGGCCUCCAUCCCAAGCUAAUCAACAUUUCCAGUUUCCAUGGCUGAGAUGGCAGAGCUUCUCAGCCUGGGGGUUUUAUGGCCCCAAUGUUCCAGAGAGGGACUGCUUCAUGCUCUUUAUUCUAAUUCUCCUCACAGCUUGCUCCACGACCAGGAAGGGCUAUCCCUGUUGUGCAGAUGGGAAUUUCUGGCUCUGAUGUUCAUCCUAAAUUAGGGCCAUGCUGGUUUUGAGAUCUUCUCACCCCAGCUGUCGGCCUGGCCCUGUGGAGAUGAGUAUCCCUGUGAGGGGCUCAUCCACCCUCUCUGAUGUCCCCCAUCCCUCCCUGCUCCACCUGUGGCACUCUGGAGGGGACCUCCCCUCCUGGGCCCCCGUGGCAACGAGCUUAUGUCCUGCCACGUGAAAUCUGAUUAUGCUUGCGUGACUUGAGCGGGAUGAUCCGUCCUCAGCGCCGCGGAUCCCGCAGAGCGAUUAUCCACCCUGGAAAAUUUCCUUUCUUUGUCCUGGUGGGAUGGCCACCGAGCCUUGGCAAUGGUGCUCCAGUUACCCCAAUGCCACGGGAUGA